AUGGUUGGACCACCGAGCAUUCUGAGCUCGUCCGCGACGCCAACUCAGAAGUCAAUAUACUCUACGAAUCUACGAACGAGCUCCGAUCGCGAUCGUGAUGGAUUGCAACCUUCAGGAGGGGGCAAUGGCGCCCGGGCGUUGGGUGCCUCUGCCCUUUCCUAUGCGCCUAGAGGCUCUUCCCUGAACCCUUCUCCAGCUCCUGGAAGCUUCAGCUCGAAUCUUCGAAGUCAACUUGCCCCUUCGCGGACGGGAUCGAACCAGGAUAUGAAUUACUCUACGACGAACUUGGACAGGCUGGAUGAGGAUGUAGGGGUGGGACCGGAACAAUUCAUCACUGCCUUGAGGGAUCGGUUGAACCGGGAAAUGAAAAUAAAGGAGGGCAGUGAAAAUAUGUUGGAGGCAUUAAAUACGAAGAAAGCAAAACAGACAAAAGAGCAGAGACAGAAGGUGGAAGCAGAGCUAAAUUCAUCCAACCUAAAGAUCAAGGAAUUAAGGAACCAGAUAUCUGAGUUACAAAGACCAAAACCACCUUCGACACCCACGAAGUCGCGGAUGGACACACUGUUUCAGAGUAAUGGCCUGCGGUCUCCUCCAAGCGCUACCAAGAGCCAAGGCUCAGAUUUCGACGAGCCCACAGAAUCGCCUACAUAUGCGUUGGCGGAGAUACUACAGGCACUGGAAGUAGAGGGUCUAACUCCAGACUACUAUGUUGGCCACGCGAAUAACCUUGUAGAGCUUUUCAAGAGGUAUCCCACAUUGAAGUACGACCUAGUGUGGUCAAUAUUUGGGUUAAGAAUGCAGGUCAUGUUAUUGAGCGAAAGCAGGGAAGUAGUGGCUGCCGGAUACAGAAUGACAAGAUAUGCGAUAUCGGAUAUCAACUCCAUCCAGAAAAUACGGACAUUGAACACGGAUUACUUGGUUGUACUUUCCCUGACGAAAAAAUCUAACGCAGACGUAGAACGUGAGCAAGCACUGAAAUUUGUGCGAGCGUUCCUGGAUGUUAAAGAUGGUGUCCAAGAAGUUUCAAGAGCUGUGGUCAGAACGAUUGCUUCCGUUGCUGAGCAUAUUGAAGACCGCUUGAGGUCCAUAUGUCUAGAAACGCUUGGUGAAGUGAUGGUCCGUAGCCCGGCGCUUCUUCUUUCUUCAGGGGGUCUUAGACCUUUGGCAGAUGCCCUAGGCGAGGGAACAUACCAGGCAUCUGAAAGUCUUACAGCUGCGUUUCUGUUUCUUAUGGAUGCGCCGCAGCGAAGAAGAUUUCUGAGAUCUGGCUAUGAACUCGAGGUUAUGUUCACACCCUUUACGGAUUCUAUGUUUGCCCAAGAAUCUGUGUUGAAGCAGAAUUCUAGGUCGAUAGCCUAUGCAUUGAAAUCAUGGCCAGGGCUCAUGUCACUUUCUAUGUAUAAUUUCAGGGCGAUUCGCUCCCUGAUUUCUAGCCUGAUGUUUCAAAACAACACUAUUCGCGAAACGGUUAUCGAUUUACUAUACUCGCUGCUUCGUAUCAAGUCCCCUUUCUGGGCUACCUCUUUCUUGGCUGGACGACGACUCACAACUUAUGGCCGUGUAACCGGCGUGUUAAAAGCUACAGCGCAGAAAGCGCCAGUUGUAGAGGAUGAUUCCGGUGAUAAGACCUUUGUGGAUCACUACACAGCGCUGUUACUAGCUGUGAUGAUUUCUUCGGAUAUGCUACCGGCCCUAUUGCAAGUGACGCGAGAUGCCGACAAUAUGAUGCUUAAGCGCAAGACUACCCUGCUUAUAAGUGAAGUCCUGAAAUUGGCAAGCAGGUUACUCCCUUCAAGUUGGAGUAGCGAUAUUCAGUUGCUUCCGGAGUUGUUUUCUGCUGCAUCACAUUUUGGCGAUGAGGAACGAUUCGAUGCAACAGGAACGGUGUAUCAAAUAAGCCAAGUCAGCCGAACCCUUCACAGAUCAGCACCCAGCACCGCCGCAACUCUGUCCAGUGCCGGCAACAAUAGUCAUGAGAACCUCACAAGUCUGGAGGAUACGCCCAAAAACAACCCAAAUCUUACGCUUGACGAAACGACUUUUCGAUCUCUACUUGUGGAAACGCAAGUUUUGAGCAGCACAAAUCCUAUAAAGUGGAAGUGGGAUAUCAUUUUGAGGAUUAUCGAAGGGCCAUUAUUGAACGGAAAGCGCUUGGAUGAGGCCAUCAAAGCCUCUAAGUUUAUUAAGCGAAUCAUGAGCUUCUACAGGCCCUUCAAGUACAAAUUUGCAGAAGUGCGAAAUACCCGUAUCAACCAGAAGUAUGUUAAAGUUGGCUGCGCUCUAAUCCACACGCUCUUGCAAAGCAAUGAGGGAGUUAGAUAUCUGGCGGACAACAAGUUGUUGAGACAGAUAGCAGAGUGUCUUGCACAGUGUGAUCCAACAAGUGGUUUGACAGCCCAAUCCCCAAUGUUCUCCAAAGAACGGCUUCAAGAAACAUUGUGCUCCGGCUACUUUGCUAUGCUUGGCACCAUGAGUGCUGAUGUAAAGGGUCUACAAAUGCUCGAUCGCUGGCGUAUGAUUAACAUGAUGUACCAUAUCAUUGAUUUGAAGCAGCGUCCAGACCUCAUCAAAAUGUUGUUGACGAACUUCGAUUACAGCCUACAUGGUCAUCCUAGAGUACUGCUCUCCAAGGCUUUAACUGCUGGAUCAAAAGAGAUCCGCAUUCAUGCAACGAAUGUUCUCAGGAAAUAUUCCCGAGGAUCCAAAGCGGGUACAAGUAGUCAAGGUGUUGGUGAUGCAAAAUGGGCCAUACAACUUCUUGUAACACAAUUAUACGAUCCAGAAGUGGAAGUCUGUGCAACCGCAAUCAAGUUGCUGGAAGAAGCUUGCAAUCGCAGACAAUUCCUCGAGUACAUCGUCGAGUGCCGUCCGGCUCUUGAUCAUCUUGGCGAGAUUGGAGCCCCGCUGCUCCUCCGAUUCCUGUCUACGUCUAUCGGGUAUCAUUAUCUUGAUGGCCUGGAUUAUAUCAGUAACGAGAUGGACGACUGGUUUCUUGGACGUAAUGAUGCGUAUGUGGGAGUCAUUGAAGCAAGUCUUGCUAGAGCCUUUGUCGAGAUGCCAGAGGAACCGUCGCGCCGCAUGAGCAUGGAUGAAGAAACCUUCGACAUGGAUGCUGAGAAUGAUGCACAAGUACCACCGCACUUUUACCGCGAACUGACACGGACGAAGGAGGGUUGUAAGCUUUUGAGUGAUAAGGGUCAUUUCGAAGAAUUCGCGCUAUCUAUUCGAGACUACGGGAUGCUAUCAGACGAUCCUGAGCUGAUCCUGAAAGUUAAGGGUUGCUUAUGGGCAGUUGGCAAUGUCGGUUCCAUGGAACUUGGAGCACCAUUUCUUGAAGAGUCUGAUGUUGUGGAGAACAUUGUCAAGAUUGCAGAAGAGCACGAGAUUAUGAGCAUGCGUGGAACUGCCUUUUUCGUGUUAGGACUAAUUUCCCGAAGCGUUCAUGGCCUUGAAAUCAUGUCCGAAUUUGGGUGGGAUAGCAACACCACAACAAUGGGUGUUUCUCUUGGCCUUUGCAUACCGCAGGAUCUGAAGAAACUCUUCUCCUACGAGCCAUGGCAGCACGAGAAAGUUACAGACAUAUUUCUAACACCAAAAAACCGUGCGCUGAUCGACUCUGCGAAAACUGACUCUGACCCGGUCGCUAAUCGCAUACUCGAACUUAUUGGCGAUCUUGGAAACACCGUCCUCCAAAAGCGCUGUAUGACGGAGCUCAUGCACAUCAAAUCGAAAAAGGUUCCAAAUUUUAGUCAACCAGCACUCUUCAAGAAAGUUAUGGCCGUGUUAGAAUCCCACCACUUCAGACUUACGGUCAGGAGAUUCGUGAUUGAGCUCUUUGACCGGAGCGUAUUACGUCGAAUCGUCUUUGAGGAAGAUGAAGAAGAGGCCGGCGAUGAAGUGGAGAGUGAUGAUAACAGUGAGAAUAGAACGGAGCGACAAAGGAGCAUCAGCGACCCUUCUGGUCCCCGAUCUUGA